GGUUUAUGCCGUGACCGAUAAGCUCAAUAGGUUAUAUACGGGCAAUUGGUGCUGUCUGUCGGUCUGCGAAGUUGUGAUCUUGCUUCUUAUGAGGGGCUUCUUGGCCUCGUAACUCAAAAAUAUUGCAUUCCGACCGCAAUGAAUUGAUCAUCAGCGUAUGAACCCAUAAUCUAAUUGAAAUAUAGCAAUGGCGAUACUCACAAUUUUUGGCGCCAUGGCGCUUUUCCUAUCAUCAGUAGUUGCGCAAAACUGCACAGCUCUGACCCCGAAAGCGCCGCUUAAAUUAGCUGAAGGCUACACCGCGGAACUCAUUUUAAACGGAUUGAACAUUCCACGCGACAUAGUUUUCGAUACAGCAGGGAAUUUACUCGUGUCCGAACAGGGCGGGGCCGGGAUUAGAAGGGUUGUGUUGACCGAGACAGACGGCAAAGUCUGUGUAGCUUCAAGUGCACAGCUAAUCGAUGAUAAUACACUAAACCACGGCAUAGCAUUCAGUCAAGAUGGCAAAACGCUUUUCGUCUCCAACAUGGCGAGCGUGUUUGCAUACCCAUAUGACGCCGAAGCUGGUACAGUUGGUACGAAGAAAACCCUGAUUGAGGGAAUGAGGAGCGGUGGUCAUAUCACUAGGACAUUGCUCACGCCUGCUAGCGCACCGGAUAUCCUCGUGGUAUCGCGAGGUUCAGAUGGGAAUAUCGAUAAUACUACCACCGACGUAGAAGCUGGCAAGAGUAUCAUCAAAACAUUUAGCAUUACCGAAUUACUGGCAUCAACAGCGGCCGCGAACUUUGCGACAGGUGGCGAAGUCCUUGGAUGGGGUUUAAGAAACUCCGUCGGACUUGGUGAGGACCCGUCAACCGGUGGUAUUUGGUCUGUUGAGAACUCAGCAGACGAUAUUCAUCGCAGUGGUGUGGAUUUACACAAUGACAACCCAGCCGAGGAGCUCAAUUACCACGGUCUCAUCAAAGAUGCGAAUAACCCUCUCAAGGGUAAGAAUUACGGCUACCCAGCUUGCUUUUCCGCUUGGCAGACCACGAAUAUCCCGGAAAACACGGGUAUCACCAUAGGAUCGCAAUUUGGUGGAAUAGCUGGAACGCCGUUUGAAAAUGUGACGGCGCGUCAAUCAAUGGAGGAUGUGGAUGACUUCUGUCGCACCGAGCGGCAGGGCCCGAGUCUGGUAUUCCCCGCGCACACGGCUCCGUUGGAUGUCAAAUUUAAGGAGGAUGGAAGUGCUGCUAUUGUCGCUUUUCACGGGAGUUGGGAUCGCACUCCGCCGGAUGGAUUCCGUCUGGGCAAGAUUAAAUUCGCCGAUGGUCAACCUGUGGCUAAUGUUUCCGAUACCACUGCUGUUGAGUACAUUGUGGAGAAUCAGGAUAAUACCAAAUGUCCCGGUUCAUGUUUCCGUCCUGUUGGUCUUGCGUUUGAUAAGAAAGGUCGUUUGUUCAUGACGGCUGAUGAAUCGGGAGAAUUGUUUGUUAUUACUGGUGUGUAAUGGGUUCUGUUGCCGGCUACCGCUGCGGUAUCUAUUGAAUGCUGUUUGAAGCUAGGACUUGGUUGGGUUAUGGAUGCACCAUAUGGUAUUUGCGAUUCUUGUCGUGUAGCGACAGGGAGGUGAAUUUAAUAGUGU